AUGGCUCUUCUAGCAUCUGGAGCAUUCUCGAAUGUCUACGCUGGAGUUGCAAGAACGCAAUCGAAUCAUCAGUUGGAUAUUGCGAUCAAAAAGACAUGGCCACGUCACAAAGGAGCGCCGAUGGAAGUGAAAAUAUUAGGAAUUCUGGGAAAACUGAAGCAUAAAAAUGUGGUUCGACUACUGUACAGUUACCAGAAGGCUCACGAAGAUCGUAUCUGUCUUGGAUUGAUAUUCGAGUGUAUUCCAACGAAUCUCCAUCAAUUUAUGAAGGAAAACAAUCGAAAAAUCGAUUCGGUCGAGAUCAAAUUGAUCACGUGGCAACUGUUUCGUGGUCAAUCGCAUCUUCAGAAGGCGGGAAUUUGUCAUAGAGAUAUCAAGCCACAGAAUCUUCUGUAUGACACUAAGACGGGUCUUCUCAAGAUUUCAGAUUUCGGAUCUUCAUCGAUUCAGUCUUCGAGAAGUGCUCAGCCGAGUUACCACGUCACUCGAGACUACAGACCGCCCGAGUUGCUUUUUGGAUCGAAGCACUAUGGAAGUGAAAUUGACAUUUGGUCAUGCGGAUGUGUAUUCGGAGAACUCCUCAAAGGCGGAAUCUUCUUGGCUGGAAAGUCGGCGACGAAUCAAGAGGAGAUCGUAAUGGAUGCGAUCGGAAUUCCAACGAGAGAUGAUUUGAGUGCAAUGAAAGUGAGCAGUUCGAAAUAUAAGGAGAUCAUGGAGUCGUAUCGACCGGAUCACUCGAAAGUGACCGCCAAUUUCACGUAUCUCUAUCAGCAGACUCCAGUGAAUAUGAGGGAGAGAAAGAGUUCGGUUUUCAAUGAGAAAGUUGGUCUAGAAGAUAUGAAAGCGGCUACCGAGUUGAUACGACAGAUUCUGGUUUACAAGCCGGAGAAUCGUCUCUCCGGAUUGGAGCUUCUGAAGAGCACAUUCUUCUCAGAGAUAUUCGAACCCAAAAAACUGCGGUGGAAUCGAGAAAAAAGUUGCGUGACAUCACAAGAUUUGAGAGAUGUGGAGCAGGGCGAUCUGACGACAACCUACCGUAGCAGCCGCAGUCGCAGUGGCAGUCGCUCUCGAUCUCGAUCUUCGUCUCGUCGUCGUUCGAUUUCAAGAAAACCAGUGAAAGGAAGAAGACGUAAAAUUGGAAGCAAAUCGGUUCGUGCUCGCAGCUCCCGUACUCGUUCUCGAUCUCGAUCUUCGUCUCGUCGUCGUUCGAUUUCAAGAAAACCAGUGAAAGGAAGAAGACGUAAAAUUGGAAGCAAAUCGGUUCGUGCUCGCAGCUCCCGUACUCGUUCUCGAUCUCGAUCUUCGUCUCGUCGUCGUUCGAUUUCAAGAAAACCAGUGAAAGGAAGAAGACGUAAAAUUGGAAGCAAAUCGGUUCGUGCUCGCAGCUCCCGUACUCGUUCUCGAUCUCGAUCCGUUUCUACUGCCAGAGAACCAAGUCGUCGUCGCGUUCGUCGUGUUCGCUCUACAAAAGAGAAAUCUCGCAGCAGAAGUCGUUCAGUCUCAUCUCGUCGCUCAUCCAAGAGAAGCGUAUCAAGACGUUCUUCUCGCCGUGCCACUCCGAAACCAAAAGGAAAAUCUCGCCGGGCAGCUCGCGAGACUUCAAUCCGGAGUUCAAGCAGUCGCAGUAGCAGCCGUAGUCGCAGUGGAUCUCGCCGUAGAUACGGAAAUGUCAAAUCCACGAGAAGUCAUCGUAUGGGAUCUCAUUGUGGAUAA